AUCUUUGUAUUUUGAUCAAUUGUAAAAUCAUUCUUAUAAUUCUUUAACUUACCUUUUAUAAACUACUAACCUAAAACUGAGUAAAUAAAGUGAAUGCUUCAAAAAUGGAAUCUUUAUAUGGGUUACCUUUUAAAAUUCUUGAAGUCCCUAAUUUACGUUUAAAACGACCAUCAUGGUUAAAAAAACCAUCUGCAAUGUUUAUGUAUGCUAUUGUUACGAUUUCAUACUUUUUAGUGACUGGAGGAAUUAUAUAUGAUGUCAUUAUUGAACCACCUAGUGUAGGUUCGACUACAGAUGAAAAAGGACAUUCCAAACCGGUUGCAUUUAUGCCCUACCGAGUCAAUGGACAAUAUAUUAUGGAAGGCUUAGCAUCAAGUUUUCUCUUUAACAUUGGAGGUUUAGGAUUUGUCAUAUUAGAUCUGACUAAAAAUAAAUCAACCCCAAAGUUGAAUCGCACUCUUUUAACCGGUGUUGGAUUUGCGUGCAUCAUUGUGUCAUAUUUUACAUGUUGGACUUUCAUGCGAAUGAAACUUCCGGGUUACUUGAAGUCAUAAGAUGAAUCAACAAUAAAAAAA